CCUCCGGAGUUGCCUGGUCGGUACGGUUCGCUGCGCAGUUCGAGAUCCCUAGCUCGGUCAGUUCUUCACGCAGGUGUCCUGCUUACCCAACCGAGCCAUGUCGUCCUGCACCCGCGUGGCGCUGGUGACUGGGGCCAACAAGGGCAUCGGCUUCGCCAUCGCGCGCGAGCUGUGCCGGAAGUUUUCUGGGGACGUGGUGCUCGCGGCGCGGGACGCGGCGCGGGGCCGGGCUGCCGUGCAGCAGCUGGAGGCCGAGGGUCUGAGCCCGCGCUUCCACCAGCUGGACAUCGACGACCUGCAGAGCAUCCGCGCGCUGCGCGACUUCCUGCGCAAGGAGUACGGAGGCCUAGACGUGCUCAUCAACAACGCCGGCAUCGCCUUCAAGGUUGCUGAUCCCACACCAUUUCAUAUUCAAGCAGAAGUCACGAUGAAAACAAACUUUUUUGGUACCCGUGAUGCCUGCACAGAGUUACUUCCUCUAAUAAAACCCCAAGGUAGAGUGGUGAACGUGUCGAGUGUGUUGAGUAUCAGGGCCCUUAAAGCCUGCAGCCCAGAGCUGCAGCAGAAGUUUCGAAGUGAGACCAUCACGGAGGAGGAGCUGGUGGGGCUCAUGAACAAGUUUGUGGAAGACACAAAAAAUGGAGUGCACCAGAAGGAGGGCUGGCCCAGUUCCGCAUACAGCGUGUCAAAGAUUGGUGUCACAGUCCUGUCCAGAAUCCAUGCCAGAAAACUGAGUGAGCAGAGGAAAGGGGACAAGAUCCUCCUGAAUGCCUGCUGCCCAGGAUGGGUGAGAACUGACAUGGCAGGACCCAAGGCCACCAAAAGCCCAGAAGAAGGGGCAGAGACCCCUGUGUACUUGGCUCUCUUGCCCCCGGGUGCUGAGGGACCUCAUGGACAGUUUGUUAGCGAGAAGAAAGUUGAACAAUGGUGAGCAGGACUCACAGCUCUAGCCCUGGGCCCCGCUUUGUUCCCUGCCCUGAUUUGACCCAAAGGACAUUGUACAAUGUCAAAUAUCCCUAUCACCCAACCCCCAAACAAACAAACCCUAUCAAGUACUCACUACUAAUGUACUAAUUGGGUAGGCUAAUCACUGAGUUGGCUACUAAUUCUAUGCAGUUUUAUGUGAUUUCCUGUGUGAUUUAGGGAGAGGAAAAAGUGUAUAAUUGCCAAAAUAACAUGAAAAGUCAAUAGAUGAAUAAAUGGUUCUUUAUAAAUGUC